AUGGAGUAGUAUUGAGGAGAAGAUGCACACACAAACACACACAGAGGAAGAGCAAUAUGGGGAAAAUUGGGAGCGGAAGAGGUUGCGUAUGGGCUAUUCUUAUGCUGGUGCUGUUGUUGUUGGCAAGUGAAAUGGGGGUGGCAUCGGCAUCGGCAUCAGUGGGGGAGCAGAAGAGGACUUGUGAAUCGAAGAGCCAUCGGUUCAAGGGCACAUGCCUAAGCAACAAAAACUGCGGGUCCGUGUGCAACACAGAGGGCUUCCACGGUGGCAAGUGCCGCGGCAUCCGCAGGCGCUGUUUCUGCACCAGACCCUGUUGACUCAAUAUCAUCUAAAUAAGCCAUAGCCUGUCCUAAAUCCUAAUCCUCUCAUCUUCACUUGUAUCACCACCCAACUCAUCUCUUUUGAGUUCUACAUAUUGCUAUCUUUAUUUAUAAUGCCAAACUAUUUCCGACUCCA